AUUAGUGUUUUAUUUUAUGUCAAGAGCUUUAGCGAGUUGAAUCAAACAUCCCUUGAAACAAAAGAACGGGGAAAGGAAAAAGGAAUCAAAAGUCGAGCAUGGAUGAAGAUGAAGAGCUACUCCCUCUGAAGAGCUACGCUGUGGGAUCUCUAGCUACAACAUUCUACAUCCCCAACUUCAUCACCCAAUCUGAGCAAGCCCAACUCCUACAUCAAACAUACGUUGUCUCAGCAUCCAGAUGGAAAUCUUUGAAGAAUCGCAGAUUGCAGAACUGGGGUGGAGUGGUGCAUGAGAAGGGCCUUCUGCCACAAGAUUUGCCUCCUUGGCUCAAAAAGUUGACAGAAAGAAUAUGCGAGCAAACAGGAUUAUUUCCCUCAGCUAUCAAUCACGUGCUUAUCAAUGAAUACCUACCUGAGCAAGGCAUCAUGCCCCAUCAAGACGGUCCUGCAUAUUUUCCCGUUGUUGCAAUUUUAUCUCUCCAGUCACCUGUUGUCAUUGAUUUUACUCCACACCCAAGAUUAAAAGAAUGUAAAGACAAAGAUAAGGUCACUGCAGAAAAUCAAGAUAUAACUGACUCAUCAUCCAAAGUUGGGGAAAAUGGUUUAUCAGAUGAGCUGAUACCCAGAGAAGAAUAUGACCGGCAACCACAAUCCCUUUUAUUGAUGCCUCGUAGUUUGCUAAUAUUUAAAGAUCAGGCUUAUUCUGAUUACUUGCAUGGUAUAGAGGACUCAGAGGUACACAGAUUAGAUAAGGUUGCGAAUGUUUCUGAGAUACCGAAACUACAAGACACUAUAGUUGCAAGUAGUUCAGACAGUGCAGGUGGAAUUGGUAGCAGCUUUCACAGAACUUCAAAUCGAGCCUCACUAACUUGUCGCUUGGUGCCCAAAGUUCACAAGAAGCUGUUCAAGUUUUAAGAGCAUACCCUACUGUAGAGCUUUUGCUAUAAUUAUUGAAAUUGACACUGUUUUGAUUUUUAUUAAGGUUCUGAGCAGCUAGGCCUCAUAACAAAUAUGUAUUUGGCACAUGGAAACUCUUAAAAAGAAAUAAUAAUUUACUUGAUUAUAAAUAUUGUA